GUAGCAUUAACGAGGACGAAUUUCUGAACUAGAAGAUAGUAAACUAAGUGGGGAUAAGUAAGUUGUAGUAGGCGCAAAGGAAAGCUGAUAACGUUCCUGUGAAAUUCUGUAGGAUCUGUCCUUCACUUAACACAAUGAAGAGCUCUAAACCAGCCCUGAAGAAGGCUGCUCAAGAGGAAUGUGGCGUUUGGCUGGACACCGCGCAACUGAAAGGAAAAGCUAAACAGAAACGACUCGCCCGGCCCAUUUCUAAACUGCUGAAUCCCUUUGCUAGAGGUGGAGGAUACAGUUUGGCUGUAGCACUCAACUUUACUCAGACUAAACUGGAAAUGCCAGCUACCAAACAGAGCUCUAUAUCAGCCUUCUUCACACCUCAGCGCAGAGUUCUCAAUAAGAUGUCUGCUCAUGAAGUGCCUAACAUGGAUCCAGUGCUGCCUUCUUCAUCAUCCUCUUCGUCCACAUGUGCCUUAACUGCACCCACAUCUGUACCAUCAGGGACAAAACGAGGACGUGAAAUAGAUCCUGACUUACAUAGCUCUGAGGUGGGUGUGGAUCCUGAGUGGAAAAGUGAAAAUGUGUCAGAUGCAGCAGUGUGGCAGGAGCAUGCAGCAAGGCAUGAAUUUGAAGAAGAGCAGUUUGAGGAGAUCAACCCACCACAGUGUAAGAGGAGGCUCACUGCAACGUCCUCGCUAGCAGGUGACAGUCAACCCCUUCCACAGGCCUGGAGUCAGGACCCACUGUUUACUUACAGCCAGUAUUCUGAAGGUGAAUUGUACCCGACUAACCAGAAAAACACCACAGCAAAGAACUUCAGUGACUCUGAGCCAAGUUUCUUUAACAGUCUGCACAGUGAGGAGGCCUUUGGUGUUCAUAUGGAUGUGGAGAUAAGAACCUCAACUCAAAAAUCCUUUAAACACUUUAAUUCUUCUCAGGUGGAUGAUGAGAAAGAAAACAGUAGAUUUGCGUCUUGUAAGUCACCAAGUAAGCACUCAAUUCUUUCUCACAUUGAACCUCUUUCAAAUCAUAAUUCGACAGAACCAAAAACUGCAUCACCUCGAAAACAUAUCCAAAUGCAACCGUGGAGAAAGGCUGAUAAAGAAGACUGCCAUGACUCACAGUUCAAAUGGAUAAAACAUAGUAGCUCUGCCGUAAAAAAAUCAGCACCGCAGCAGUCAUGCACAGCAGUUGAUGAGGACAGUCUUGCCAUGUUGUUCACCCAGGACUCUGAAGGCUUCAGGGUUAUAGCGCACAGAGGUCUGCAAGCCAGGAGUCCACUGAAAGAUCAGAGUAACAUAAUCCCCGGGAUGACAAGAACUCACGCUUACAAAUCUCUGGUGGAGGAGGACGAGGAAGAUGAGAUGCUCUUUACCCAAGACUCUCAGGGAAAUCUGGUCAUCAAACACUGACAGGAGCCUUUGAAACUCAGUAACAGGAGUGUUAUUACAGUUUGGAUGUGGGUAAUUAGGGUGUUGCCAUCUCUCACUUUUUACAUGACUUGAAAUCAGGUGUUUGUUUCCACGUGGACCUGACUGACUUACUUUAAGCUACUUUAAAACUGAAAAUAUAGAUGUUUUUUUCUGUGACUCUUACCUUUUUCAUGUGUAGAUCUUUUGUAUUUUCAUGGGGGGAAGUCAGGGAGAAGAAAGUCAUACAGUGUUUCCUUCCUGUUUUUGGUGUCUGAUGCUGAAAUGUCUUGCAAGGUGCAACUCACAUUUGCAACAACACCAACAAGCAAAAACUGAGGGUUUCGAUUUUAUUUGAAAAAUGAUACACAAUUAAAUCAGAUUGUUUUCAUGUAAAUUAAAAGUUUUGA